ACAUAGCAACUCAUACACUCAUACAUACCAUUUAACGUUGGCCUUGCAUGCUUAUGGUGACGUCCAAAACUUGCCAAGCUCCCUAGAAUCCAGCGCCUUGAUUCAGAGGAACACUUGUGUAGCAUUCUGUGGUGGUUCCUGUUCUAUCAUUAAGACAUUCUUCAUAGUGUUGAAGACUGUCUAGAUAAGCCAUCAAAUAUUGCUUAUCAUGGACCUUGUUCACACUCUGUUAGCCAUUUGGAUCAUAGCCAGCCUUGUCUUUCAGAAUUCAAGCAAUGUCGAAGGACGAUAUCAUUACCACAGGAAGCCGAAAAGUUCUAAUAGAGGCUCCUCUGGUUCUAAACCCCCUGUAUCUUCCCCUGAUCCUCAAGUCCCUUCAUCACCAACUAGUCCUCCUUCUGCUCCUUCUGACCCCUACCCAAAUGACCCUGGAAAUUCUAGUGCAAACUGUGUUUUUGAUGUGAGAUCUUAUGGGGCUGUUGGAGAUGGUUCAAAUGAUGACACUGAGGCAUUCAGACAAGCAUGGAAAGAAGCUUGUGCAGUAGAAUCAGCAGUAAUUUUGGCUCCUGAAGAUCAUAGUUUCAUAAUCACUUCAACAAUAUUCUCAGGGCCAUGCAAGCCAGGACUUGUAUUCCAAGUGGAUGGAAUCCUAAUGACACCGGAGGGACCAGAUUCAUGGCCUAAAGCAGACAGCCGCAAGCAAUGGCUUGUGUUUUACAGACUUGACCAAAUGACUUUCACAGGAAAAGGAACCAUUGAAGGAAAUGGCCAGAAAUGGUGGGAACUUCCCUGCAAGCCUCACCGGGGUCCAAAUGGGUCGACGUUGAAAGGACCAUGUGACAGCCCUGCACUAAUUCGGUUUUUCAUGAGCACAAAUUUGGUGGUCAGUGGUCUACGAAUCCUAAAUAGUCCUCAGUUCCAUAUGAAAUUCGAUGGUUGUGAAGGAGUAUUGAUUGAAAAGCUGUCCAUCUCUUCACCUAAACUCAGCCCCAACACCGAUGGGAUCCAUAUUGAGAACACUAAAGCUGUUGGAAUAUACAACUCCAUGAUUAGCAAUGGUGAUGAUUGCAUUUCGAUUGGAACCGGGUGUUCAAAUGUAGCAAUAGAGGGUGUCACUUGUGGGCCUAGUCAUGGGAUCAGCAUUGGAAGCCUUGGAGUGCACAAUUCCCAGGCAUGUGUUUCUAACAUUACAGUUCGCAACGCAGUCAUUAAGGAAUCGGACAACGGGCUCAGAAUCAAGACUUGGCAAGGUGGGACGGGUUCAGUAACAGGCAUAGCAUUCGAUAACAUCCAAAUGGACAACGUUAUGAACUGCAUUAUCAUAGACCAAUAUUACUGCUUGUCAAAGGCUUGCUUAAACGAAACUUCAGCUGUACAUGUCAAUGACAUUUCCUACAGGAACAUAAAGGGCACCUACGAUGUGCGCAUGACCCCUAUACAUUUUGCAUGCAGUGACACAGUCGCUUGCACAAACAUAAGACUUUCAGAAGUAGAGCUUUUUCCACAGGAGGGGCAACUGCUUGAGAAUCCAUUUUGUUGGAAUGCUUAUGGGAAUCAGGAGACUUUGACUAUACCUCCCAUUGAUUGCUUACGAGAUGGGGAGCCUCAGAAUGCGUUUGAGCCAUCCACAUAUGAGUGCAACUGAUAUAUUUUAGUGUUUUCUGGUGAUUAAUGUUAUAGAAUACUGCAUACAGCCCAAGAGGCCCUUCUCUAUUUUGGGUCAUUAUUAUUACUUUAAGCUCCAUCCCUUUUUGGGCUUCCCCCUUAUUGUGUGAUGAGAUGUAGACAAGGGCCCAAUUUUUUGGGCCCAUAUUGUAAUAGAUUGGGUGCUUACAUUAUAGUAUUAAUGUCAAUGCUAGAAAUUGUUUCAAGACC